AUGAAACCCUUGGGCCACGUUAUCUCUGCAACAUCAAAUGAUGAGCAAUUCCCAGCAGAGAAUGUAUUGAAUAUAAAGGACAACAACUUCUGGCUAACUACGGGAAUAUUCCCGCAGUGCUUGAUAAUCUCGCUGGACUCUAAAACGAUAUUGAAUUCCCUCAAACUAGUUUCUGCCUGUAUUAAGUCCUUUACGGUUGAGACCGCCCCUGAUGACACGGCCAACUAUCAGACAACUGUAGAAAUGAACGUCGAUAGCGGUAACAAUCAAGUUCAAAUUACGAAAUGCCCUCUGAAUGGAGCCUUAUGCAAGCAGAUAAAGUUAUCAAUUCUAAGCGCGUAUGACCAUUUCGCCGCUGUGUACAAAAUUAUUUUCGAACAAAACUAA